CCUCUCUCUCUCUCUCUCUCUCUCUCUCUCUCAGCUAAGACAUCGAAGAACAACAGCGAAGCAGAAGAAUUCUCAUAUCUUUUUGCCUUUGUAUUUUUUCUGUUAUCUAAUGGAUCCAUUUGAUUAUGUUUCGUCCAUAAUCGAGCUACGUAAAGGGUUUGGGUGACAAGGAUUGCAUAGUUGCAUCUUCCUAUAAUUAGAAGUUUAAUUACGCAUAGAUACCCUUUAUUUUCUUAACCUACUUGAAACAAGAAAGAGGAAAUAAAAAGUAACGAAAAGAAAAGAAUGAGCUUUACAGGAAAAGGGACUCCUACCAGUGACAAAAAGCUAACCUUAGCAAAAGCGACAAGCUUGAAUCCAAAUGCUGCAGAAUUUGUUCCCUUUGCACUCAGAUCACCCUCAGGUAGCACUAGCAGUACAGAUGCGGCAAAGCUUUCUAACUCCACCACAACUCUGGGAAAAGCUGUACUAGAUAGAUCGGAGUCAUCUGUUUCGAAUAACUCAGAUGAUGAAGCCCACCAGUACUGGCGUCGCCAGCUCCCGGAUGAUAUUACGCCGGACUUCAAUGUCGUGGGAGAAGAAGAUUCUCACGGAGUCAGCAAUCUUCCAUUUUCUAGAUUAUCAAUAAGUGAUGUCAGUGAAGCUUCAAUAUUCCCUGCCUCAACUGGCAGUGGCUUUAUGUUGAAGGACCAGCAGGAAUUCUCUCCUCGGGUUAAUGGGACCGGCUUUGCUGAAAAGACGGGAUAUCCUAUUACAUCUUUUAGCGAAGAUGCAUCCCCAACUAGUUUUCAUCUGCCUGCUAAACCCUGGGACAAGCCAUCUCUGACCAAUGACCAGCCUUUCGGCAAUAUUAGGGAGGGGCCUCAUUAUAAUGGGAAUUCAGGAAAUAGCUUCUUUGCGGACAUGACUAAUGAGCAACCAUUUUUUGAAGCAGAUGUAAACCCUCUUGAAUUUUUGGCCUCUCAAUUUCCUGGUUUUGCUGCUGAAAGUGUUGCAGAGGUGUACUAUGCCAGUGGAGGUGACUUGAAUCUGACAAUUGAAAUGCUUACUCAGCUUGAGCUUCAAGUUGACUGUGGGUUGAAUCAAAAUAUGAAUUCAAAAGCCUUAUCUGCUCCAAAUCUUAGCGCUCUGGAUUUCCCUGCUCUCUCUGUGGCAGAAAGUCAAAACAGCAGCCUAAAGUACUCUGGCAAUGAUGUUCAACAAAAUGUCAACCCCUAUAGGUCUUCUGAAAAAGAAAACACCCUUCUGUUUAGAUCUGGAUCUUCCAUCCCUUCACGAGGUGCUACAGAUUUUGCAUCUGCUGUCAGAAAGAUGGCCUCUCAGGACUCUAGCAUAUGGAAGUAUGAUAGGACUGGAGUAGCUGAUGCUACUGUUGGAUCAAGUAGAAAUUCAUCUGCCUUGGCUAGUUCUUACGCUGGUGGACAGAGCAGGGGAGUUUAUGGUGAUAGGUUGCAGAGCCGAGGUUCCACACGUGCAGCUCCCGUUUGGCUUGAAACUGGAGAAGCAGUUGCAAAUGUAUAUUCUGAAAUGCGGGAAGAGGCUCGUGACCAUGCACGCUUACGUAAUGCAUACUUUGAACAGGCUCGUCAGGCAUACCUUAUUGGUAACAAGGCUUUGGCCAAAGAACUGAGUGUCAAAGGACAGCUGCACAACAUGCAGAUGAAGGCAGCUCAUGGGAAGGCUCAAGAAUCUAUAUAUCGCCUAAGGAAUCCAGUCAGUCCAGAGAUGCAGGGAAAUGGGAGAGGACAAGAGAGAAUCAUAGACCUGCAUGGGCUUCAUGUUAGUGAAGCUAUUCAUGUCCUUAAGCGUGAGCUGUCCGUGUUGAGAAAUGCUGCCAGAUCAGCAGACCAGCGAAUACAGGUUUACAUUUGCGUUGGAACAGGACACCAUACAAAGGGUUCGCGGACUCCUGCUAGGCUUCCCAUUUCUGUCCAGCGUUACCUGCUAGAGGAGAGCCUUGACUACUCUGAGCCACAACCGGGGCUUCUCCGAGUUGUGAUAUACUGAGUCGUGAAGGUAUAGGAGUUUUUGACACACCAUUACCCUAGAAAAUCCAUCAGAUGAGAAAAGAGGGGUGGGAGAAAAGAAAAAAAAUUGUUGUACCUGUAAAUGGGGGAAACGGAAGAGUAGUGCAAAUUCUGGAAAAAGGGGAAAAUGAAAAGUGAAAAAAAAGGGGAAGAAAAUUGUAUCAUUAAGGUUUAGUUGAAUAGAAGGAUACCUUUUUGUAGCUUGUGGGGACCUGCAUCGGCCCCCUGCCAUUUUGUAAUUUUUGUAACUUGGGUUCUUUCUCACAUUCCUUUUUAUCUUGAUUAGCCGAUGUAACUGAUAGAAUUCUUUCACAUGAAAGUUCAAAUUCAUCAAAGUGUUCAGUGGCUCUGGAAGAGCAUUUCCACCGAA